AAUACGGUCCGGUCCAAAACGUGCAGUGUAUUCGUAGUUAUUCAUUAUAAAAAUACAAAUGUCAUUACGCGACGGCGUCGACGGUUAACUUGAGUGGGUGAUAAGAUAAAACACAAUCUCCAAAGCGUUCGGAGGUUCAUAAAGUCGUUGUUUCGGAUCAUGUGUGAUGCAGUGUCACGGAAACAUUCUGAGAUGGGUGACGGAACAGUGCCAGAGUUAGAGAAAAUCCAUAAAAAUGGAACAACGGACAAUGGGAAAGAACUUAGUGCUUCUAAUGAUGAAUACCUCAAUAGUAACCAACGAUCCCCGUUUAGGAGACAGGCUAUCAUCUCAUUUGGUGUGUUCAUGCUCACACUUGGGGCUGGUGCCACGUCAGGCAUCUCCGCCAUCUUAAUUCCACAACUACAACAUGCGAAGGGUAAAAAAGCCUUCUCCGUAGAAUUGGUAUCAUGGGUAGCUGCCAUAUCAUCGUUGGCUCUCUUCUUCGGUAACCUGAUGUCGGGAUACUUGAUGGAUAGACUUGGAAGAAGAAUGUCUAGUCUACUUCUGGCGGGUACAUUUGUGGCUGGCUGGUUGAUUAUUGGGUUCUCAAAUGACCUCAUGUUCCUAAUCUUAAUAGGAAGAUUUAUCACGGGGCUAUGUCAAGGGUGGCUUGGCCCUCUUGGCCCAGUCUACGUCGGAGAAUUUAGUAGCCCUGCUUACAGAGGAUUGUUCUUAGCAGCUUUAUCUUUAGGAAUAGCAGUGGGUGUUUUCAUGUCACAUUUAUUUGGCACUUUCCUGCAUUGGAGCAUAUCUUCUUUGCUUUGUGGAUUAUUCCCACUGAUUGGUGGUGUUAUACUUUAUUACGCACCAGAAUCACCAUCAUGGUUAGCGUCUAAACAGCGAAUUGAUGAAUGCAUAAUCUCGUACCAAUGGUAUAGAGGAAACAGUGCAGCUAUGAAAACUGAACUUGAUAAAAUGAUUGCUGAUAUUUCAGCGAAAGGCAAUAAUCAGAGUAAAUUACAAAUUAUAGCAGCGAACAUAAAGAAGCCAGAGUUUUAUAAACCAUUAGGUAUUAUGACGACCUUCUUCGUUAUAACGCAACUUUCUGGAGUCAACGUUAUUUGUGCGUACACCACAGAGAUGAUGAAGGAACUCAUUGGUAGUGGUUCAACUAGUUCUCACGCCUACGCUGCUAUGUUAAGUAUAGAUGUGUUACGAUGCGUGUCACUCGGUGCUGCUUGUAUUAUGCUCCGGAGAUCAGGUAGAAGGCCCAUGGCUAUAUUCAGUGGAGUAUUCACAUCAUUAUCUUUAAUUUCACUAGCUUUGUACCUGUAUCUCAACGACUCUGGUGUCAUCCAUCACAUAUCACCAUUCAUUUCAUUAGGUUUAAUGGCAUUCUACAUAGUAGUAUCCAAUUUGGGAAUAUGUCCACUGCCGUGGAAUAUGGUUGGUGAACUAUUUGCCGUAGAAACUAAAGGAGUGUGUUCAGGCAUUAGUGUCAUGAUGACUUCUGUGGCUUUCUUCGGAGUAGUGAAGACGGCGCCAUCCAUGUUUAGAAGUAUAGGUCACCAUGGAACCUAUCUCUUCUACGGGUUAUCCACCCUAUGUGGUACCAUAUUCUUAUUUUUAUGUUUACCCGAGACUAAAGACAAAACUUUGUUACAAAUAGAAGAACACUUUAGGUAUGGCAAGAAAAAAAAUGAUAGCAAAGAAACAGAUAAUAUUUAAUGAAUGGAGUUAAUAAAACAUCAGCACAUAAAUUCUAUGGAAUGUUAUCUGAACGAAUUUAAAUUCGGAUCUCCAACACUUCGAUGUGAUUGCGUAAGUCCUAAGGUUAUAGAUGUCAGUUCAAAUGAACGAUCAAUGAAGCCGUCAUUUUUAUCAUUGGAGUUGCGUAAAACAAAGUAUUUUGUUAAAUACUAUAAUGUAAUAGGUAUACAAUCUUUAUUGUAAAUUAUUAGUUGAGGUGUGAUAAAGACAAGUAUCAAUUGUGUGAGUAUUUAUAUGUUUCAGAUAGCCUAGUUAGAUAUGUUAGUACAAUUUCAAAUUGUUGAAACUGGCCAUAGUAUAAUUUUAUUAAAAUAGAUGAAUGAUAUAUUUAUGAAGGUUCCCACGGAGGUACGAAAUACCGGUUAAAAUACUGGCUGGAUACGUAUUACUGUCGCUAUGGAGCAAUUUCGACCGGUUUCUUUUGUUUGAUUGGCACGUAGUAUCACAAAUUCACCAAUAAAUAACAAAUUAAUAUCAAUAUUUGUACCAGUAUUUGUAUUCAUUUCAGUAAUUCUAUCCGGUAUUCCGUGCCUGACUGAAGACGGCCUUAAUUUAUUAAUUAGUGAUUUUAUCGAAUGGAGUUAUGACUGUAUUAAAUAAUAAUUGAAAUUAAUUUGUGAUCUAAGUUUAAGGUUGUACUUAUUCUUAAUAGAAAACCGGUAUCAAA